AUGAUAUCAGUCAGGGCGCCAAGGGUGUUAUGGUCCAGAAAGCUGUUCUCCACAAGUGCUGCUUCGCUUUCAAAGGUCAAAAUCGAAUCUGUGGCCCAGUUGAAGCCGCGCCAGUUUCCCCAAUACGCCCAGAACCCGCACUCCUUUUUCAGAAACCUCGUUUGGCAAACACCCCCUUCAAAUAUUUUGGUGGUGAAAAAACCGCAGAAAGAGGAUGUGACACUGGCCACGGCACAGUUCAUCUCACACAUCCAUUCAUCCUAUCCUAACUGCACGGUGAUAGUCACUGAGGAAGUUGCCAAAGAGUUCUACGAAAAUCCUGAGGUGUUCAAUAGGUCCGGCGAAAAUGUCAAGCUGUAUACGGGAAAGAGCGAAGAAAUAGUUAGCAAGACCGACAUGAUUGUUUCUCUUGGAGGAGACGGGACUAUAUUACGGGGCGUUUCUCUCUUCUCAAACACACAGGUGCCACCAAUAUUGUCGUUCAGUCUGGGAACUUUGGGAUUCUUGCUUCCUUUCGAUUUCAAAGACUUCAAGGAAGCUUUCAGCCAGGUGUUCGAAAGCAGAGCGUUGAUGCUGCGCAGAGAGAGACUGGAAUGCCACAUUGUUAAGAAGAGUACCACUACAGACUCGAAUCCAAAAUCAAUGUACAAAAGUGGCUCGGACGAAUUAUCACAGAUGCACGCCAUGAACGAUAUAGUGCUCCAUCGCGGGUCUCUGCCAAGUCUCAUCAACCUGGACGUAUAUGUGAAUGGCCAUUUCCUCACAACAACCACCGCAGAUGGCUUGAUUUUUGCCACGCCCACAGGAUCAACCGCCUACUCUCUUUCUGCUGGUGGAUCUAUGGUCCACCCCGUGGUUCCAUGUAUCCUACUCACUCCGGUGUGUCCCAGGUCUCUUUCUUUCAGACCCUUGAUUCUCCCAUCUAUUUCGCACAUCAAGGUAGUCGUCAGGAGCAAGAGUCUGAGCGGACCUGAAUGCUCCGCAAAGUUGUCGAUCGAUGGGAUGCCUCAAUUGAAGCUCACAGCGGGCGACGAAAUACACGUUGUUUCUGAGUCGGGAUCCCUACUGGACCCUUCGUGGAACCUCCCGACCUCCUUAUCACUGAAGAAAAAGACCACCACCGAUGAUGCCAAAACAGGUCUUUGGUGCGUCGCGCGUACAAAAGGUGACUGGGUGACGGGCAUCAACAAUUUGCUGGGAUUCAAUUCCGGUUUCAAAAGCAUAAACGACGCUCAUCCAUAA